CGAUCGAGCUUUUGGCGUCGUAAUGGGAUGCAAGAAACAGACAAAGAAAUUUGUAUGAGAGCUAUGCGGGAAAGGUUUCCAGACCAUGACAUUGAGGAGUGCGAACAACAAGGCUAUUGCAGCUUCACAAUCGCGAUUGUUCCUCAGGGCCUACCACAUAUUUCUAGUAAGGGAAGCGAUUUCGCAAAAACCCCAGCUCUCGACUUCACGAAAUGCGGAGACUUUGUCGUUCAGAUCCGACCCGUGCAACACGCGCUCGAACUCGCAAUGACGCAGGCUGCGAAGAGGACGUACUCCACUCUAGCUCCGCGUAUACAAGGCCUAGAUCUGAUUUUGCCGAACCAAUUAUGUGCAUAUAGAAUGGAAAGGCUGUACGGUGCACCGUUCAGUCGGCUUCAGCCUCAUAGCCGUACACUCGACCCCAGCUCAAGGAGUAAGCAGGAGAAUCUUGUAGCUUGCUUUGCCGACUUCAUAGCGCAAGGCUGGCGAGUUGAGACGAAGGCGCCAUCGUUGGACAGGGACAUGAGAGCUGAUUCACCCAUGGACGACAAGACGGCCAUGCUCUUGAAGUGCACAGGCAAAGUUGGCUCGAGUAUCAUCGCCAGGCUUGAGAAGAUCGCUAUAGAGCUACCGGAGCAGGGGUUGAGGGAUAUAGCGAGGGAUAGACUGCAUCAGAUACGAAACUCCACGGACUUUCCGGUCACGUUAAACCAUGGCGAUCUCAUACCGUCCAACAUUCUUAUUGACGAGGAAACUUGGGAGAUCGCAGGCGUCGUUGACUGGGCAGAAGCCGAGUAUCUACCUUUCGGGACUUGUUUAUAUGGACUCGAGCAUCUCCUGGGCUACUUUUCUUCGGCCUCGCAAUACCCAACACCUCCGUCGUACGAUACUUCCACGUCGAGCAUUGCGCCUGAAUUCGUAUACUUCGAUAAUGCGCCGCAACUUCGAGCUUUAUUUUGGACUCGCUUGCUAGAGGCCGUGCCGGAUUUGGUGAGUAGGAGAGCGGACGUCGAGAUGGUUCGGGAUGUCGGUGUGUUGCUGUGGUAUGGAAUAGCUUGGGAUGGUGGUGCAAUCAACCGGGUGGUCAACGAGGUGGAUGAUGCGGAAACGAUAGCAUGUCUUCGUGCGUUUUUGCUUGCGCCAAAGUGCUGCGGCUAGUGAAGCAGGUGACGACGAUAAGGCAAUCCGCAUGAGUUUGUGGGGCUACAUAAAUGUACACCUUGAGGGCCUGUCAGGGCUUGCAUAGAGACAUGGUGUCUCCUUUCGUGGCGUUUGUUUAUCGUUUCAGAGCUGCGCCUUCCCAUUCAACUUCACUGCCACGCGCACCUUCCACUUAAUAUUGUACCUUCCACAUAUACACAGGC